AUGGUUCGAGGCGCUGUCGAUUCUAUGAUCUACAAAAGGGCAUGCUCUUUGAGCACCAGAGACGCAGAUCCUGCUGCCUCGGUGACCCUGAUGAGCGCCGAUAUUGAGCAAAUUGUGCAAGCCUGGCAGACUAUGCACGACAUCUGGGUAACACUCUGGAAAUUGCGCUGGCCAUCUACCUCUCGAAGGCAACUGGGCGUUGCGUGUGUGGUGCCAGUUGCAGUUGCGGUUGAUGAGUCUUUCAAUGCAGAUGUCCUCGACGUCUUCGAUGCUCGCAUCGAUGAAAGGUAUUCAAAAUGCUUGGGUUACAAGCUGCGUCUCGAUGAGUUGAGAAUUUCUCAAACGUUUUCGCAAGCUCUUGGUCUGGAAUAUGGCUCUGGGUAA